UGACUAUCCAUUCAGUUAAGAGUUGAGACAGCUAGCUGCAAACUACACAACUACUGAUUAGCAAUUUGUAAUGCAAUUCUGCUUUUUUGGAAUUUUGUGUGGCAUCAUUCAAGCUGCCAGCCUUAUAGCAGUAGCAGAACUACAACUUGAGUUGAAAACAAAGACACUUCCAAGAGAUCACUUUACAAAUACAAGAACGCUCUCAACAAAGCACCCUUGCAACAGCCAGUGUACGAAAAAGGGAGAGAUAUGUGAGUUGAAUCCUGACACCAAAAAACCUGAAUGCCGAACAGUCAAUGAGUUGUUGGAACAAUGUGGGAGUGACUUUUGUGCACCAAUUUCAUUGUGUCUAAGAGGAAGAUGUGUCUGUCCAACCAUAAAGGACUGCAACAGCAGGCAUAAUGAAGCUGUGUGUGGAUCGGAUAAAGUGACAUAUCCAAACUAUUGUCACCUUCAAAGGACUGUGUGCUCACAGACAACCCAUGUCUAUUUGUCAAGAAAUGGCUCAUGCAACUGCAGUGGAGUCCACAUUGAGGGUGACAUUUCAGAAGUAACCCUUGAUGCAGCAGCAAUCCAGCAUCAGGCUGAGCAGUAUGACAAUACGACAGUCAACCUAAAAACAUUGCGUAGACACGUCCUAGCUCAUGCCAGACACUUCGCCAACUCUCCAAAGUCUGUUCUGUUUUUUGCUGCAAUUCACACCUUAGAAAAUCUUGGCUAUAUUGAAUUCAAGAACGUUGUUCCUAAACUGAAACCAUCUGUCACACAAGCACGAGAGCAGCUGGCUGGCUAUUUGUCUCAACCUACUAGAGCACCUUCUGGAACAAGAGCUUACAUACAAUACAUAGCAAAUACUCUCAAUCAAGUGUCCAAAAUUGAUAAGAAUGUUCUACUCCUAGAUGCACUAGAAGAAAAGCUAGGACUUGCUACAGCAUCAGGUGCAUUUAAUAAGGAUUUAAAGUUGAUGUGUCACACCACUGACACUAAAACUGUGAAGUGGUACCACAACACAGAUAAGAUAACUACUGAUGUUCAAACAAGAGUGAGCAUAGAAGAUAACAGCUUGACUAUUCACAAUGUCCGCCCUAUGGAUGCUGGAGUCUACAGUUGUCAAGCACUCACUCCUUGUGGAACUAUGUCUGACAGUAUCACAGUGUCCACCAAUCUUGCUCAAGACAACGAUAAAUCAAGGCUAAGAAGAUCUGAUCAUGAUGAUGGUGAUGAUGAUGGCAAUUUAAACUCUGGAUCUACAUCAAGCUCAGGCUCUGGAUGCCUAGAUAUCGGAUCAAGCUCUGGAUCUGCAUCAGGCUCUGGAUGUGCAUCAGGCUCUGGAUGUGCAUCAGGCUCUGAAUCUGCAUCAGGCUCUGAAUCUGCAUCAGGCUCUGGAUCUGCAUCAGACUGUAUAUUCGAAAUUGGAAUUGAUGCUGAGAUUUAAUACACUCAAGUUCAGAAUCCAAGGUCUUGUAUGAAGUCCAACAUGUAUCAUAUACUACAAUUAGGAUUUCCUAUGUACCCUUUCUAGAAGCCAAUGAAAGCUAUGUGUUAUGCUAUGUGUUAUGAAAGCCUUUUGUUUGAAA